ACCGAGGAACACGCACCAUCCUUGAAAACUCGAGUAAAGGGAAAAACGAUGUCUAUUAAAAUAGAGAACGAAACCAAGAUUGAAUCAGAUCCUUGUGUUGUAGCCUGGGACAAUCAAUUGUUCGUUGGCACCGAAGAUGGCUCUAUCAAGGUUUUUGACGCAAAUUUGACGUCUGGAGCAUCAUGGUCAGCUCAUACUGUGCAAUUAUUCGCUCUGACCGCAGGCUGUGGUUAUGUAUAUUCAUCAUCAAAUGACGGCGGAAUCAGGGUGUGGACACCCAAAGGAGAAAAAGUUAAAGAGUUGCCUCCUACAGGAGGCGAUGUAGGUGUUCUUCAUAUUUUUGGAAAUAAUGUUUACGCAGGUGAUGAAGCUGGCAAUGUUGUCAUCUAUGAGAAUAAUGAAGAAAAAGCUAAGUACAAUGUUCUAGAAGAGGUAAAGGAUUUAUGGUUCCAUUCUCCGUUUUUGUUCACAGUCAGAGACUUAGAUGUUACGGUUACAGAAAUUAAACCUGACGAGUCAAAGAAUCGGUUUACAACUCGCUUCACUGUGGAGGGACGGGCACCACUGCGAGCGACAGGCAACAGAUUGCUGUUCAUGGCUCGAGGAGGCAUCACUCUCCAGCUGCACGACAAUUCCGUCGACACUGGUUUCAAGAAGUUGCACGAAGUUAAGGUCAGUGAUAUGAUAGUGACAAGUCUAUCUGUAAUCGGAGACUACGCGUGGACUGGCGGUUGGGACGGCCACGUGCGCCGCUGGAAGAUCACCGGAGACAAGCUUGAAUCCGCAGGAGAAAUCAAUUUAGGCUCUUGUGUCAAUGCCUUAGAUACUUCAGCAUCUAAUACCGCAUAUGCCGUUUUGUCAGGAGGAAGAGUAGUGCGCCUCACCGCUUAAUAUUGAUGGAACGCCUUAUGAAAUAAUGUUAGCAAUGAGAUACAAACAUAUUUUUGCUAUAUGAUUUGUAAAAUAUUUAGAACACUGCAUUUUCAAUCUUAUAUAAUUUUGUAUAGUUCGUUCUUCUUACGUUAUCUGCGUACUAUGUAUGAGCUAUGUGGUUUUUACAAUACAAUGGAAGCUAGUAUUAAUAGAAUAGGUAAUUAACUAUAAAAAUUGUCUUUGUGAAUGCAGAUCUACUACAUUCAUGGAUCUUUGUGUAAGUUUGAAUUGAAUUGCUACCCGAUGUAGUA